CCUCGCCUCGUCUCAUUGAGUUCGUUCCGUUUGUUUACUUCCGGGUCACGUCAAUGUUGGUUUAAGCGAUGACAUUGUUUCAAACAUGAAUGAAGUCGAUCCGGCUCCUGACCCUCACUUUGUCGUCUUAUAUACUUUGAAAUCUUGAAUUAGUUCCGACGGUGUUUACAACAUGUCGCCAAUUUCCACCGAUUAUACGGAGGAACAGCAACGGGGAGCCCAGGUGCCAUUGGAUGUGGGAUAUAUUCCAACAGAUGAGGAGAGGAGAGUCUUUAGAGAGUGCAACCAGGAGAGUUUUUGGUACAGAUCUGUGCCCUUCUCGGUGGUCAGUAUGGCUAUCACUCAAGCCCUCGUUGCUAAAGGAACUCUUGCUGCUUCUGCAAGGUUUGGAUCCCUACCCAAAGUGGCCUUUGCUGGCUUCUGUGGUUACCUGGCUGGAAAGAUGUCGUACAUGAAGACGUGCCAGGAGAAGUUCAAGAGACUGGAGAACUCACCAUUAGGAGAGGCCCUUAGAAAGAGGACAGGACUUGUUCAACAAUCUCAAGGUCCCCGGUCAGAGCUUAGUGACCCAGACACCCAGUCAUUUGAUCCCAUGUUCAUACCAGCAGGUUCCUCAGACCAGAUGAACAUGCAGAGUAGAGGCUAUGGGUUCAAUGCAGAGCCACCCCAGCAGAUAGGUGGAGAUGACUUCAACCCACCAGUCCAAGCAUACGUGGAAGAGGAGGAGCCCAGGAAGAAGCCCAUUCUCUAUGAGGACCUGAGGAUCAAGAACCGAGAAAACUAUGAAGUCACACUAACCCAGAAGGCAGAGACCCUGCUCAAAACACCUGAGAGGGAGACGACCAGGACUCCACCAAAUAAAGACUUUAAGAAGAACGUCUAUGGAGACACCUGGGAAGAAUGAACCUUUAUUUGAGCUACCUAUAUGUAGUAUCCACUCUGGGAUCUCUAUCCACAUUAUAUAGCCUUGGCUGCUCAUUGGCUAUUUGGCUCCAUAUUGUGAAAUUGUAUGUAUUUUUCAUGAAUAUGUCUCAGCAAGUGAGUUAAUUAAACCAAAUUACUUGACAUCUAAAUUAGUCUUUCUUUGGAUGUUAUAUAUACAUUCUCACUCUAGCUUAAUGCUUAAUGGUGAAGACAAAGGAAUUUCAUAUCCAGGUCAAAAUAUAUCACAUCUAACUGCAUAUUCAUAGUAUGUUUUGUUCACAAGCAGUAGAGUUUAAAAUGUUAGUGACACGCUUGACAAAUAAUUUGUUUUCAGUUGUAACUUACUUGAAAAGCCUUAGGACAAACGUUAAUACAAAUGAACAGUGACAUCUUAAAAAGCCUCUUAAGCUAGCUUGACUUAAUAAAAAACAAUGGCUAGAUGACAUUUAUUUAUGAUCACAUUUAAAGUGGUAGUUUCCACGAGACAAAGUAUGUCUUGAAUUGAAAUUAAAUGCUUGUUUAUGAAACUGUGUAACCCAGUCUGAAAAGCAUCCAUUGUUGAACCCGGCAGCUAGAAGACGGACCAAUCAGUGAGCUACAGGGAGGGUUUUGAUGACGAUGGCCAGUGAGCAGGUUGGCCUUUGUUGUGUUGUUGUUUUCCAAAUGCAGCACCGCUCACUGGAUGUCAUCAUCUAUAAC